AGUAUAUAUACCGAGGACCGGGCCAGUGAAUUAUCAGUUAAAAUUUUUUCUUUUCUGACACUACGACGUCAAGAUAAUUAUUUCCCUUCCCGAAAAUUCCGGCGCGCAGUUGCAUAAUUAGUAAUGGAUAGUAAAAAAUAUAUCGACGGUUUUUUACUACAACGGCGAGAUGCAAGUGAAGUUAUUGAAGAAUUUUCAGAUGAAUUGUCAUCAAUGUACGGGAAGUGCAUCGACAUUGGGUGCGGCCCCGGAAAUAUAACUAAGGAAUUAAUUUUACCGAAAUUACCCGCCGACAGUGUCGUCGUCGGUGCCGAUAUUUCGGAGUCGAUGAUCGAUUCGGCGAAAAAAAAAUAUCAGGAUGAAGAAAGAUUGUCUUUUAUAAAAUUGAAUAUCGAGGCCGAAGAAUUGCCGAUCAAGGAAAUCGAGAGAUAUGACAACGUUCUGUCAUUUUAUUGCCUGCAUUGGUGUCAGAAUAUGAGACUGGCUUUGAAAAAUAUUCACCAGCUUCUUCGACCUGGAGGACGUGCUCUGGUCAUGUUCUUGUCUUACAAUAAUGGUUUCGAUGCUUACAAACGGUUACAGAGAAACCCGCGCUACAAACCUUACAUGGAGGACGUAUUGAAAUACAUUCCGGCUUAUCACAGCUGUCCUAAUCCGCGAGCUAUGAUGAAGAAAACUUUGGAAGAAGUCGGCUUUGAAGUAUUACACUGCAGUAAUAGAGAAAAAACUUUCGUCUUCGAGAGUAUGGAGAUUUUACAAAAACACAUUAUUGCAGUGAAUCCUUUUAUUAACAGAAUCCCGGAUGAGUUGAAGGACGAGUACAAAAUGGAAGUGACGAGAGAAAUAGCUGAGCAUAAAAUAUUAUUCGAGAGCCAUAAAAAUAAGUCUGGUUACAGUGUCCUUGAUCGAUACGCAUUGAUAAUUGCUUACUUUAGAAAACCAAAUAUUUUGUAAAUAAAAAAAUUUUUUAAUUUAAAAGUGUGGAGUCUAGAUUUUUUUGACAGCUGUCAAAAUUCGUUGUAUUUUUUUCUUGAAUUUCUGAUUUUAAUCUUGAGUCGAACUGAUUUUUUUCUAGAGCUGAAAAAAAAUUACAAACCAAAAUGUUGAUUCAAAUUUUUUCUAAUUUUCGGUAAAAUUGAAAAAUAAAAUUUUUUCAAAAUCUCAAUUUCCGCGGGUGUCAAAAAAAUUAACAGACAGGAGGUGGACUUGUGGAUAUUUGUAAAAAAAAAUAAAUAAUUGUUGAGAUA